GUAGUGAUAGGUUGAGUGAGUGCUGGCAUUACUGUACUGUUUAUGAUAAUAGCCUUGAAUGUAAUGAAUCGCAUAAUAAGUGACGAAUAGUUGAAUUAAAUUGCAUUUACUUUAAUAAUAAUCACUCGAAUCGAGUGUUUUGUAUCCGAUAUUGCAUUUCGACAUUCAUUUCAUUCGCUUUCAGUAUUAGUCUGUGUUUUAGUCGACAUUUCAGACGACUAUAGCAUUGAAUGCAACGCUAAUUACGAGUCGAGUCUUUGUGUCAAUCGAUGCAAACAAACAGCGAUUUGAAGCCCAAGAGUAGCCAUAAGAACAAUAAGCGGAUCAAUAGACACAAGACGUGCCACAAACCAAACACAUCCGUCCGUCCGACUCAUCACUUGUGCGCCGAACGGCUCGCCUGUAAAGGUGCCAAACCAGAGGCCCAUUAUAUAUGUCGUGAGUGUAAGACAUAUCAGUGCCGUCUCUGCGAAGAGCUAUUGCACGAGAAUCCGGGUUUUGACACCCAUUCACGGCAGCCAUUGGUGGUGACCGCGGAUCAGCUGCUCUGCGACAACGGCUGUCAAACCCGCAACUUAGCGGACGUGGAGUGCGUUGAGUGUUGCAAACGGUUGUGUUUUAUUUGCGACCAAUCGUUACACUCGUCGCCAAACAAACGAAAGCAUCAAAAGAUACCAAUUGUUGACAAUCGGGACAAAGAGGACAACGAAGAGUUCUAUUCGUGUCAAUACGUGUCCACCGGAACCGUUGAGACGGAGGCGACGGAGCCUUUAGUUAACAUUGAUUUGGACAUCAAAAGAUACCAAUUGUUGACAAUCGGGACAAAGAGGACAACGAAGAGUUCUAUUCGUGUCAAUACGUGUCCACCGGAACCGUUGAGACGGAGGCGACGGAGCCUUUAG